AAUCAGGAGAGAGCAGUGUUCCGCGCUCCACCCGCGUAGAGGACUGGAGGCUAUCGGAGGCUCCUUGUUUUAGAUAAUAUUUAAGACAAAAUGCAAUUUCUCUGAGGAUUGUACGUAUAUUAUAAUUCAGAACUAAUCAUUUUCUUUUUGGUGCCCCUUAGAGUGAUCGGGUUGCUGUCAGGAUGGAGACUCUGAUUCCUACCAUCAAUCGGCUGCAGGAGGUCUUUCUGACAGUGGGGGCAGAAGUCAUACAGCUGCCACAGAUAGUUGUGGUUGGAUGCCAGAGUAGUGGAAAGAGUUCCGUGUUAGAGAGCCUGGUUGGAAGAGACUUUUUGCCUCGAGGGUCAGGGAUUGUCACAAGACGACCCCUGGUGUUGCAACUCAUUAAUGUUCCUCCCAUGACAGAGAGACUCAAGAUAGAAAAUGGUAUCAAAGCAGAGGAAUGGGGAACCUUCCUUCAUUGUAAGAACCAGAUAUUUACAGACUUUAAUGAAGUCCGCCAUGAAAUUGAAGUGGAGACGGACCGCACUUCAGGAGAAAAUAAGGGCAUCAAUCCAGAACCUAUUUAUUUGAAGAUUUUUUCUCCAAAAGUUCUCAAUCUUACUCUUGUGGACUUACCUGGAAUAACUAAGGUUCCUGUGGGGGAUCAGCCAGAAGACAUUGAGACACAAGUACAAGAAAUGAUCCUGUCAUUCAUCUCCAAUCCAAACUCUCUCAUCCUCGCUGUGUCUCCUGCCAACUUGGACUUGGCCACAUCUGAUGCUUUGAAAUUGGCUCGAGAGGUUGAUCCAGAUGGGCGCCGAACACUUCUGGUGGUGAGUAAACUGGACCUCAUGGAUGCAGGGACUGAUGCUCUUGAGGUUCUUUUGGGUCGAGUUAUUCCAGUCAGACUUGGCAUUAUUGGCGUAGUUAAUAGGAGUCAGCAUGACAUCAAUACUCAAAAGAGCUUAGAAGAUUCACUGAAAAAUGAACAUGCCUUUCUGCAGCGUCACUAUCCCUCACUCGCCUCUCGGGCUGGGUCACGUUAUUUAGCUAAAACUCUGAGUAGACUGCUCAUGCAUCACAUCCGGGACUGUCUGCCUGAAUUAAAAACCCGAGUAACUGUGCUCAGUGCUCAGUACCAGGCCCAACUCAAUGGCUAUGGUCAGCCUGUGGAGGAUCACAGCGCCACCUUGCUUCAGAUUGUCACAAAGUUUGCCAGUGAUUAUUGCAGCACUAUUGAGGGAACAGCGAGACACAUCCAGACAUCAGAACUCUGCGGGGGAGCUCGAAUGUGCUACAUUUUUCAUGAAACUUUUGGACGCACUUUGCAGUCCAUUGACCCUCUUGGUGGGCUUACUGAGCUGGACAUCCUCACUGCCAUCCGCAAUGCCACAGGUCCUCGGCCAGCCCUCUUUGUGCCUGAGGUGUCCUUUGAAUUGCUGGUGAAGCGGCAAAUUAAGCGGCUAGAGGAGCCCAGUUUGCGCUGUGUAGAGCUUGUUCACGAAGAACUACAACGAAUCAUACAACACUGCACUUCUUUUAGCACACAGGAACUUUUGCGCUUUCCAAAACUGCAUGAUUCUAUAGUUGAAGUGGUGACUGGAUUACUUAGAAAACGCCUGCCCAUAACCAAUGAAAUGGUACACAAUUUAGUUGCUAUUGAACUUGCUUACAUCAAUACAAAGCAUCCAGACUUUACAGAUGCGGCACAGGUCUCUGCAUCGGUCAAUAGCCAGCAGACAGAGGCUCUCGAUGGAGGAAAGCGCUGGAAAAAUGAGAAAGUUGGAGAAGACAAAGCUCCUUCUGGCGGUUUUGGCAGUCCUAGCAAAGGCCAGGCUGUUAACCUUCUUGACACAGCCGUACCCCGAAAGCUGAGUGCACGGGAGCAGAGAGACUGUGAGGUCAUCCAGCGCCUCAUCAAGUCCUACUUCCUCAUUGUUCGCAAAAGCAUCCAAGACAGUGUGCCCAAGACAGUGAUGCACUUCUUGGUGAACUUUGUGAAAGAGCAUUUACAGAGUGAGUUGGUGGGUCAGCUCUACAAACAGCCCCUGCUGCAGGAGCUGCUCAUUGAGUCACAGGACACAGCGCAGCAGCGAACCGAGGUUGCUCAGAUGCUUGAGGCACUGAAAAAGGCUAAUAAUAUCAUCUCAGAGAUCAGAGAGACACAUCUGUGGUAGCAAUUCUCAAUUCCUUUUUCAAAGGACUUCUCUGAUAGGAGUCAGAGUUUACAGUGUUUUACUGUAUGUGACAGUAGCACUGUUACUCCGUGGACCAAUAAUUAUGUGUUUACGUCCUCCAUCAGCCACUGCCCUGGCUAUUAAAUAGCAGUGAUGGACUAUUACACUGUGACUGUUGUGUAAAGACAGAAAAUAAUUUAAACCUAAGCCAAAUGUUAUUACGUUAAAGCCAUGAACACGUUUGUCACCAUUAUGUGGAUGAAUGCAUGUUAGUUGUUCCUAUAGGCCUGUGUAAUUUAUAAUAAGGACAAUUUACAUAGCAUUACAAUCAUGUUUUAAAGACACUGGGCUUAGACUCAUCCGGUGUAGGUGCUAAAAAUAACAUGAUGGGCUGUUUUCACUCCAGUUUGGUUGGGAGGUGCAAGAAAUAAAUCAGCUCAAUCAAUGUAAGCUGCAAUGCAACACUGGAGACAUAAUCUAGUUAUUUUUCAGAUUGAGUACAUUCUGUUCCUGUUUUCCACCUCUCUUAUGCUAAUUAGCAUGAACUUUAUUUUUCAGGGUCACCUAUACAGUAUGUUUUGUAUUUAUGCUGUUACUGCGGCACUGGGUCUUCUGUUAAUUGUUUCCUCCUUUUCCAGAAGGAAAAAGCACAGGCAGUUACUAGUACUACCCUGCUUCAUGUUUAUAGGAUUGGAUUUGAUUAAAUGUAUGUACAGUAUGAAUGCAUUGAUUAAUUCAAAUUACUGGCUUGUAGUUUAAUCAGACCAGUGUAGUUUACGCUCUCUGUUGAUUACAUGAGAAACAUGUGAUGAUAAAGAACCUGUCCUGAUGAAAAAGGACAGUGGCAUCUGUUGUAGUAAAACUGCAUGCCUCCUGCUCUCAAUAGUUGUACAUUCAUCAGAUGUUUCACACUAUUUUGUAAGAAUUUUAUGGUUAUUAGUCACAAAUAACGGGUAUAACUCUUGCGUGUCCAGGGAGCAGUCAUUCUGUCUAAGUGUUUGAAUGGUCUAUGCAUAUUUAUGUAUAUUUUAUACUAAAUGGUAUGUAUGAUCAUGUAAAAACUGCCUUUAUGUCUUUGCCUGCCAAUGUUUGUGGUCUGUGAAGUGUGGAGAGAGGGGGACAUGUUAAAUAUACUUUACUGUGAAAAAUGU